AUGUCACCUUACGAUCUUGUGUUUGGGAAGUCGUUCCAUCUGCCCGUGGAGUUGGAGUACAAAGCCAUGUGGGUGCUAAAGAAGCUGAAUCUGGAUUGGAAUGUCACAUCAAAACAAAGGAUGAAUCAACUAAAUGAGGUUGAAGAGUUUCGCCUAAACGCAUAUGAAAGUUCAGCCUUUUACAAGAAGGGAAUGAAGAAGUAUCAUGAUCAAAACAUUGAAAAGCGAGUAUUUGCACUUGAAGAUUUGGUCCUUCUGUUUAACUCAAGUCUGCACUUAUUUCCUGGCAAACUCAAGUCGAAGUAG